AUAUCCUGAUGCUGACGAGGAAGAGAAGAGUCUCUCCAGAUCAGAACACCAGAUGGACAACGCUAGCCCUUCCUCCCUCCCGGAGUCCCCGUGUCGUGCCUCUCCCGGUAGCACCUUACUGCUGGGUAUGAAGAGGUUGUCUGUGCUGCUGGUGGACUGCAGGAAAACAACGGGGCUGAGUGGAACUGUGAGAGGAGGAGAAGAGAAGAAAGGAUCAGAUUUGACACAUCAAAGAGGAAAACCAAACUUGGAGGAACCAAAGACGUCCAAACCAGCAAGUCAACACCUCUGCUGCCAUUGUGGAAGGAGUUUUACCAAGUCAGGAAGCCUGAAAAGACAUGAGAGGGGACACGCAGAACCGAAGACACAAAAUUGCGCCCAGUGUGGAAAGAGUUUUAGCCACUUAGGAAAUCUGAAAGCUCAUGAGCGAACGCACACACAGAACAGGCCUUUCCAUUGCUCCCAGUGUGGAAAGCGGUUUAAGCGGUUAGACACCCUCAAAACUCACAAGAAAAUACACACAGGGGAGAAGCCGUACCAUUGCACCCAGUGUGGAAAGUGUUUUAUCCGGUCAGCAAGCCUGAAGGAACACAUGAGACUGCACACAAGGGAGAAGCCUUACUACUGCUCACAAUGUGGAAAUAGUUUUAACCAUUUAGCUAGCCUGAAAAGACAUGGGAAGAUACAUACAGGAGUGGAGCCACACACUUGCUCUCAGUGUGGGAAGAGUUUUAAGCGCUUAGACACCCUCAAUGCUCAUGCGCGAAUACACUAGGGAGACACCAUACCAUUGCGCCCGGUGUGGAAACAGUUUUGGUCCUUUAUAAAGCCUGAGAAGUCAUGAGUGAAUACACACAGGGGAGAAGCCUUACCACUGCUCCCAGUGUUCAAAGUGUUUUACCCAUUUAGGAAGCCUGAAGGAACACAUGAGACUGCACACAGGGGAGAAGCCUUACAAAUGUUCAGACUGUGGGAAAACAUAUUACUCAUCACAGACACUUAAAAGUCAUGUGAGAAUCCACACAGGAGAGUAUACUUACUUAUCCUAGUGUGUGAACUCAUAUUUCACAUCACAUUGUCCAUUGUCUUAUAUUGUUGACUGAGAAUGUGUUUACCUGUCUUUACCAUAUGUAAUUAAAUGGUACAGGGUAUACUCUACUGUAUAUAGCCUCCACAUUGACUCUAUGUAGUAUACUCAAACAUAUAUAUUUGUAUGUUUUUAUUUAUUAUUAUGAUUUUAUUAGAAAACAUGAAGUGAAUAUGGAGUAGAUCAGAUUCCAUGUGUUUAAAUGGUCCUUUUUUAAACUCUGACUGUGUUUAUCUGGGUGUGUCAUUCCUCCAGCACUACAGAUAAUCAAGUGAUAUUUGGAUGUGAUGCAUUUGUUCUAUUGUUGACAUUUUCAUUGUUGGCCCACUGAUGAUGUAAUGAAAUGAAAAUGUUCAGACUCUGUAAUGGAAAACGUUAAUUGUUUGUGUGUCCACAUAUCUGAGUAUGUGACUAACCUUGUGAAACUGUCCUAUUAUAAUCUCCUGUUCUUGGGAGUAUCAUCCUGUGUUGCAAACCAAUUUGCACCUGUGUCCUUGUAUGAAUAAAGUCCCGCCCAGGAACAGGAAACUAUAAAGAUAUGUGCUCAUCACCCAAUGCUUUGGAAUUCAGACUGUCUACACUGCACUGUGUAACUGUUAUUCUCUCUGAGCUCAGAAAUAAAGAAUCUUGGUUUGACUUGGACUCCAGCAGAUCCUUAGUUUAUAAUAUCCACCACAACUCUCCCAAGGAUU